CGUUUUUCUCUCCGUUGUCAGGUUAUUUUGUUUACUACCCAAAGCGCUUGAGUGACUUUGAUUGACCAAAACACGUGUUGUAGAGAAAGUUGGAGCACAGGUACAUUGUAUAAGAGUGAGCGACAAAAUGAGGAGUAAGAAAAAGAGGAGACUAACUGUAACUCAGAAGAGAACAAGUCCAGCUGCAAAAGUGGCAGAGGUUAUUACCAAGAAAUAUAAAAGCAGAUAUCUUAAAUCACCCUCAAAAGGACAAAGAGUGCGGAGAGCGCUAUAUGAUGUCAAGACAAAGAAGGUAACUGUUAAAGAAUCUGCUAAAGAACACAAUAUAUCUUAUGGGUUUCUGAGCCGAAGACUUUCUGGAGAGGUUAACAUAGAUAGCAGAAAUGGACCACCACCCGUAUUUACUGCAGAUGAGGAAGAAGCUAUGGCAAAGUGGCUUAGUGAAAUGGCUGAAAGAGGCUUUGGCUUGAAACCUGGGGAAUUUUUAGAUUUUGUGGAAAGCGUGGUGAAAAGAGAAAAUAGAAAGACACCGUUCAAAAAUAAUAGGCCCAGCUAUGAUUGGUAUUAUAAGUUUUUAUCUAGAAAUUCUCAUUUGAUAAAACCUAGAAAAGAAACCCCACUCGAAACAUGCAGAGCAAAGUUAUCAAAGGAGAAAACAGACAAGUGGUAUUCCAAAUUUAAGUCUUUCCUUAUUGAGAAAGAACUUGUAGACAAACCGGGACAAAUAUGGAAUGCAGACGAGACAGGUUUUAGUGUUGGCAGUGUAGCUGGUAAAGUAAUUGGCCCAGCAAAGAAAGGCCAAGUCCCACAUCUCUCGGGUGGACACAGCAAACAGAGAUUUACUGUAAUGUUCUGUGGAGCAGCUGAUGGCCGAAUGAUACCACCCUUCAUUGUUUUCCCAGAACCCAAACCAAAAGGGUAUAAUCCUUUGUCAGCAGGUCUUGAAGGAGGUGCAGCUGCAUAUACCAAAAAAGGAUGGAUGGAUUCUGUUACUUUCAAAGUUUUUCUUGAACAUUUCAACACUUUUGCUGGCAGUGAGCGACCUAUAGUGCUUCUAUUUGACAGUGUCAGUAGCCACAUUGAUAUGAAAACAUUUGAAUUUGCCAAACAGAAGGGAAUAGAAUUGUAUCGUCUUUUGCCAAAUGCAACUCACGUUAUGCAACCCCUUGACGUAGGUGUGUUUGGACCUCUAAAAACACGAUGACACCAAGUUGUAAGAAAACACACUCGUGAAAAUCCAGGGACUCCUAUAGGAAAAGAUAACUUUGCUGAGAAACUGAAAGAAGCGUUUCUACUUUUCUACAAACCCUUAACUGUGAUAAACAGCUUUAGAUCUUCUGGAAUUUACCCUGUUGAUGGAAAUAUCAUUACAGUAGACCAGUUAAAAAGUGGAUUGACAUUUAAAAGUAUGUUAACUGAUGACUCUUCACCAACAACCAGUGGGGGAACGUCUUCAACACAAGAACAAAUCUCAGGAACAAAGGACAUAAAUGAAGAAGAAAAGAUGAAAAUUGCUUUUGAGGCCUUUCAGAGUGUUUUAACCACACCAGUUCGAGACAAGUAUGAAGAAAGGCUUAGAGAGGGAUAUGAUGUAGAGGGGAAAUCACCAGGCUUUGAUGCCUAUCGAAAAUUGCACAAGAAAUCCCGUCCAUCUGCUUCCAAAAUUAGAGAUUUGCAGUCUAACAUGGAGGUGCCAUCAGGACUGGAUUUACUUGCCUCUGUAGCAGCCGUCAGUGACAAUCAGAUUUUAAACACAGAAGAGUGCAGCACAAGUACCAGUGAAAGCACUAGUAUAUCUCCAGUGUUGAAAGGCAUGUUAACAUUUCCUCAUGCUGAUGAAUCCAAAAAAAGAAAAAGAAUUUCUAUUCAGUCCACCUUGCCAGACAAUUUAACUUCCCCCGAGUCCUUACGACUGAUGGCUUUGAAAGAUCUGGAAAAAAUCAGAGCAUUUGCAGAAAAAGAAAGAAAAGCAAAAGUCAUAUUCAUGAAGAAAUUAUUACCUAUAGGUAGCAGUAAGGCAUCAAAUCAAAGGAAACAAAGAACAAGUCAAGUAACAAGUAAAUCUUCAACAAAGAAAGCAGAGAAAACAGAUGAGAAAAUCUUUUGCAUAGGAUGUCACAUGUCUUGGGAUGAGGAUCAAGAAAUAGCAGCAGGAACCCUCUGGGUUCAGUGCGAUCAGUGCCAGAACUGGCUGCAUUCUGACUGUUGUGGCUCUGAUAUUGGAGAUAUCGAUUCUGAUCCUUUCUUCUGCCCUGAAUGUAUCUAGUAAAUCAUGCUAAGACUUGAGUGUAUGUUUUUUAUUUAUGUGUGUCAUUUAUACAUGUAUAUAGUUGAAAGAUCAUUAUUUGAUAUGAAAAGUGUAAGGUAAUUAAUACGGUAAAUUAAGACCUUUGUUUGUUUGUUUUUUACAGAGGCCGACUCCCAAAGAAAGGUCAAAAGUUGUUGAUUCCUUACGUGAUGUGUCAAGUGUUACAGUACGAAAACAUUUUUUAUUAGAGAACUGUGUAAUUAAGGGAUAUCACAAGUUCCAAAUUAGACCACCUGAUACAGAUCCCCAUACAAUGCUCCCGGUGGACAGAGAGUACACAAACACUCAUGAUCCUAACGUAUGCCUCAUUUGGAUUCCACCACUGGACACUUUUAGUCGGGAAAUUCAUGAGACUGUUACCGAUGCUAAAAGAGGUCUAUUACUUCAAGAUGUAGCUGGUCUUCCGAUAGGUCAUAUUCCUUUGGGUUUGUCCAGUUCCUUCCGAAAAAUUCUUGACGAGAAAGGAGAUAUAUUUGCUGAGGCAACUGGAGAUCCUACUCCUAGCUUUCCACCAUGGCCAGCUCCUACAGAUUGUGGCGGAGGGACUGUGAUACCGUGCAAUUACCACAUUUAUCAUAUUCACAAAGACUUUGUCAUGAAUUUGUUGAGACAGGCACUAAUUAAUAUGCCAGAGGGGGAGUUCAUAAGAUUACAAUUAGUUUAACUUGCAUGGUCCUACAUUUUGCAUGGUGCUAUAUUGGUGCAGUUAGGGAAAUUUCCCUUUCCUUAUAUCAAGACACUAUUUUUUUGCAAUUUUCUCCUUUUUUGAAAAGGAUUUAUAUAAGUGAUAAGUGUGGUGAAAUAAAGGUACGUGUUGUACAUGAUAUUACAACAUGUAUUUCAUUAUAUAGUUCUACUACUUAGUUUUUGAAUCUAAUUAGUUUUUGUAUUUAAUAUUUUUAUUAUUAUUUUUUUUUUUCAUUUUGCCAAGAUGUGCCAAAUAUUUUUCCCCCUUUGUUUGUAUGUUUUACAUUUUUUAAAAGUCAAGAUAGGACAUUUUUAUACCUGCCUAUUUUAUUUUGUUUUCAAUUUUGUUAAUAAAAAAGUUCAAACUGUGUCUCUAUUCUUGUUAUGAUAUUCUGAUCAAUAUACUGUCUUGUCUUAUCGUUUAUAAUGAUUUUUGAGACCAACCCCCUUAUUGAAAUGACGAUUACCGGAACUACUUGAAAAAUACGAAACUACUUGAAAUUUGUGAAAUUUAUUUUCGGAAAUUUGGCUAUGUAUUUCAUCGUUUCCAACAAAAUCUUUUGGUGUGUUUAGCAAGUGAUUGGAGGAGUAUUUGAUUCAUCUUAGAGCUGAGAGAUAAGUACAUCCAAACGAAAGUAAUCGAAUUUCCCCCCCGAAGAAUCCGGAACUGCUUGAAUCACUGUACCAGAACUGUGACAGUAUUGAAGGAGACUGUUCACUAAUCUCAGACAAAACAAACGAAAAAUUGACCAGUGAAGACCAUUGAUACCUACCGCAAUGUCACGGUCCGUUUUCAAUGUACUUUUGUUUUACCUUCCAAGAAAAUGCGAAGCGAAACUCCUCUUGUCCUUUUCCGUCAAAUUUUCACAUUACGAAAGCCUAGUGAGGUCAUAGUAAAAGUCGAAAUAACGAGAGGGCUUUCGCAGAUGGGCACAGGUUGUUCAAGAACCCAACCACAGCCAUAGACUUCUGGCGUGCGUUUAGAAGGAAUAUUGACACAAUGAUGAAACAGACACCAGACAGAUGGGUUGCCCUUGAACUGAGAAUGAAAAAGAAAGUUGAAGCUUGCAAUAAAGAAGAUUAAGAAACAGAAA